GCAGAUUUCAUCUUCAGAGCUGGGAUUAUGUACAUGUCCAAUGAUGGUGAACUUGGCCAGCAAAUGAGGUCGAAUAUGUUUUCUAGUGGUUCUGGAUUUUUUGGUCCGGGGUUGUAGCUUAAACUUGGUGGCAUUACGUCUACUGUCAGCUUUCUCAUCAAAACUCUCUUCAGACGUGAACAGACCGUUUGGGGAUGAGGUAGUAGACUUGUGAGAAAACAGUUUUUCAGAUGUAUUGAUGAGAUCACCAGAAGUGUUUCACUUACUACGCCGUUUUGUGCUGCUCGAAAAGCAUCUGAAGAAGUUGGAGCUCAAUUACUUUUGGGGCAUCGACCUAUUGAAAUAACUCUUGAAAGGGCUUGGAAUUCUCUUAAAUGGAAUGAAAAACUGAGCCUUGUGCUCGCUGUUGUUCGUGGGAUAACAUCAUUAGCUGAUAUGUCCAGGAACAAUUUGAAGGAAUCAAGCACAGAUGAUAGCACCAUCCAGCUCUACGAGCAGCUAAGUUUUUCAUAUCCAGCACUCCAGCAACCCCUUUUUAAUGAGCGUGACACAGUUUGCCUGAGGAGGUCUAAACGCUUGUUCACGGAGCCAAUUGUGAUGCCGGUGAUUAGAUUGAGGAAGAGAGAUCCACUUAGAAGUUUUUUUACUUUUCUUUUUCUACUUUUGGAAGUUACCAUUUGAGAGGACGAUCUUAUAUAUAAGUUUCUUUCUUUCUUUUUUUUUUUUGUUUUUUUUUGUGUGUGUGUGUGGUGAUUGUAUAUUUGUAAAUGUUUUACUUUCCUUUUUGGAUGUUGAGCUUGUAAAUGUCAAAGAUAAAUAAAUAAAGUUUGUGUUUGUAUCAUAUGACUUGUGCAUAUGCUUUGAAUGGACUUUUGGUAAUUAAUGAACAAAUGUUUUUCUGCAUAAGCCCCAAUGUUUUAGUCCAACCUCGUCUUCUCUUGCUAGGCCUUUGGUAGUUAGACACUAUUGGCUGAUCAUAACUGCUAUCUUGUUUGGCGUGGGAUGGGGUUGUGACUGAGAGGGAGAUGGCAUCGAGGGCCUAUGAGAGGGGAAAAAAGAUGUCUUUAGGGCUAGGGGAGGUAGGGGUAGUGGGCAGUGUUGUCAAAGUCGCGCCUAGGCGCAAGGUGAGUCGAGGCACACCAUCUGCUCCUGUAUAGGUACCAGGCGAGGCGGCUUGAGCCAGGCGAGCGCCUUAGCCGCGAUUUUAAAAAAGGCGAGAGAGGCGCAAGGCCCUCGCCUAGGCGCGACUGAGCGUUUAAUCUGUAGAUCUGAUCUAACGACUCAGAUGUGACUCAGAUGAACCUUUCGAAUGGCUCAUAAUCACAGAGGAUCAGAACUCAUGUACCAUAUGAGCCAAAUAGGACUAAGAUUAACCCUAAUCGAAGUCGUCUCUCUCUUUUUCGCCUCGCAAUCGACUUCGAGCUGCUGGAGCUAGACUUGGUCUGCGACUACGACUGCGACACAAGAGCUGGACUUCGACUGCGACACUGGAUCGACUUCGGCUUCGCAGGUUCGACUCUCUCUCCCCUUCUCCUUCUUCUUCGUCUUCGACACUGGUCGUUCGACUUUCAUUUUUUUUUUUCUUUCCUUUUCUUUUUUUUCCUUCGACUUUCAGUUCAGUCCUCUCUUUUUUUUUUUUUC